AUGGGUAGCUUUUGUAUACCACAACAAUCGGCGCACACUGAGCACCACGUGAUUUUAAACAAUGGUCAUGCCAUAUCGUUUGAACAACACAAACUGAUAUGGAGUGCGCGAGACAGCGGGGACAAGGAUCUGGAGGCAAGGAAAGGGGAAGAAGAUGAUGGCGGGGCAGACCAACCCAUUGGCGACACCAAUGGUAGUGGAACACUGCACGAACAUGAAAUCUUAUUCAUUUGCAGGGAGUCUUCAUCCCAAUCCGAUGGGCCAUCGGACACGCAGUCGACAGCAGAUGCAACAGGUUAUAUAAUUUAUUCUGUUCACGAAGACGCCGAAAAGAACCACGAGCAGCCAUAUCGUCUUUCUUCUCUAUCCGCGCCACGCCUUCCGCAAUCUUUGCUGGACACUUUUCUCCUCGACGAGCCGCCGGCCCACCUCGUAGGCGCAGAGGACCUGCAAGUUAUAAUUUCGACCAAGUCUGGCACCGGGCUGGCAAAGGCCUUUUACGAGUCGGUCUUGUCAAAGCUGCUCACCGUGUUUGGUUUGCGUGCGCAUGACGACCAUUCCAUUACCUCUACCGAAUCCACCGGAAGCAAUGUUGCAGGUCCAUCGUAUCAGCUGUUUGUCACAAGGUCUCGGCACAGCAUCCGCGAGCUAGCUCAGGAGAGAUGGAGCACUCAGGCUUUGGUGAAGGCAGCGCAGGCAAGGCCCUCGUCCCGUCAGCUACUUGUCCUUUUGAGCGGUGAUGGGGGCCUCGUGGAUCUGCUCAACGGUGCUGGCGAGCCUGAUGAUGCAGCUGGGUCUUCAUCGGUCGCACCCCCUGCCAUUGCCCUGCUACCGCUGGGGACGGGCAAUGCUCUAUUUCAUUCGUUGCAUAAGCCAUUAUACAAAAAUACGCCAGAAACAUCAGAGCCUUCGCAUCUCCUUAUUGGUCUGCGGACCCUCUUCAGGGGCGAAGAGGCGCCACUACCGACAUUUCGCGCGUCCUUCUCGCCCGGCUCAUUCUUAGUCCCGCCAGCACCAGAAGAUGACGAAGAGAAGGGUCAAAGUCAGGAGCAAACCAUCAGCGGCGAGAACCAAACCGAAGCGGCGGCAAUACUUGUGGACCACCUUCUGGGUGCCAUCGUGGCGAGCCAUGGCUUCCAUGCUCAACUAGUCUGGGAAAGCGACACGGCCGCAUAUCGACAGCACGGUGCGAAGCGGUUUGGAAUGGCCGCCGCAGAGCUUCUCAAGACUGCGCAUGCAUACCAAGUGGUGGUUGAUGUCCGAUCUGAGGCUGACGACAGUGAGUGGAUGCGCAUCCACCCAACCCUUCCCAAGGAUCCCACAGGCGAUAGCAUUAAUGAGUCAAGAGAGAGGUUCAUGUACGUCCUCUCAACCUUGGUCUCGAACCUCGAGAAAACCUUUACCAUCAGCCCCGAAUCCAGACCGCUUGAUGGUCAAUUGCGACUGAUCAGCUUCGGCGCAGUCGGCGCGGAGAAGACCUUGGAGCUAAUGCAGGCUGCCUACAAUGGCGGGAAGCAUGUCGACUGUACCUGGUCUUCGUCUGAUAACACGGUUGAAGACACCCAGACUGGAAAUGACAAGGUUGUAGGGUACAACAAGGUGGAAGAAUUCAAAAUCACUAUACAGGAAGAGGACCCGCGCUGGCGUAAGGUGUGCAUUGACGGCACCAUUGUUGAAAUACCGCAGGGUGGCUGGAUGCACGUCCGUAAGACGGGCAAGUCGCGGUUUAGGGUAUUGGUUGAUAAGAGUGUCUUGUGA